AUCAUUCGCAAGCCAAAACGCUCGACUCCCAAAGCAUUUGAAAACCAAGGUACAACUGUAAUGGCAAAUCAUGUUGGCGAAAGAUGGAACUCCACAGCGACAUCUGGUGUCACAGUGUUAUAAUGCAUAUAAAACACCUUUUCUUCACCAUUGUGGCUGAGUCCCAGAUCGUGUCAAAGGUAUCUUAUUUGGAGAUGCUUUUGAUUAGUCACCUAUGGUAUGUGAGGCGUUCUGAUAUGGCAAUGCUCCAGAUGUUAUUAACCCAAGGCUCUAUUGGUAUAUUAGAGGUUUCCUCCCUUGGGCAAUAACUAGUCUAGUUGCUGUGAACAGGAGGGAAAUUUAUUCUUUAGAUUUAAGGGUAGAAUUUGGAGUCAAAACUAGUGAUAAACAAAGGGAGGGAGGUUUUGGAACUAACAAGGUCUUGUUUUAAAGAUUUAAAAGCCUAUACUUCCAUGUUUACUUUAAUGGAUAUUUUGUGAUUUAAAAUCUCUGCUGGGAUUCUCUCAUCAAAGAGUAUUUACUUGCCCCAAACCUGGAUCCUGGCCUUCAGAGAAUUCUCGUUUAAUACCUAUUCUUCUUUGUCACCAACACAAACCACCUGCGAAACUCAGUCCCUUUCACCAUUCUUUUGCCUGUCUUGGUAGGAUUCUCAGUAAAUUAAUGAACAGAUGUUUGAGUGGGAAAUUUUAGGAGGUCUGAUAAAUUAUUCCACUGGUCAGCAUUAAUAACAGACCCACUCUUAUGUUCUUUUUCAUUGGUUAAUACAACAUGUACUUUUGUUGCCCCAAAGAUGGACAGAACGGAACAUUACGAGCAGGUUUUCGUGCCAUCUGUUUGAUGGACCUGAUGUGAAGAGCCCUAGUUAUUAUCUCAUCUGUAAUUACUACUCUUGUCAUUAUCCCUUGGAUAAUGUCUCAAUAGAUUUCCAGAGAAUGCCAGCCAAAGACUAAAUAUAGGUAUAAAAACCCCUUGCUGCCAAUCUAGGUAAGGGAGAGGGCAGAGGAAGAGGAAGGAUUUCUGCUUUUCUCUUUGUCAGGUUGCAACAAAGGAUUUUAAUCUGUGAAUUGGUGUGGUUCCUGUCAGGCAGAAUAUUGUGAAUAUUGUACUGAGCAUGGUUCUAGAUGGCACUGAGGGUGUGUGAUGAGGAAGAAUAUUUGCCUCAGUAUGUUGCUGUUUAUUGUGCCCCUUCUCUUUCAUCUGCCACAUAUGGUGUGCAAACAUACAAGUUGCACCAUCCAUGAUCGGUCCAGAAUUCCACAUGAAUACUACCAAGCUGGUGAUCUUAUUCUUGGCGGACUUGCUUCUCACCUCCUUACUGCUUCUGACAAAGAAGACUUCAAGGAAAGGCUAACGACCAGUCAACUUCUUAAUACCUUGUAAAGACUUCAUAUGACACGUAAUCAGAUGUCACAAAAACAUCCCCCAGCUCUGACCAGGCUUACUCAGAAGCAAGUUCCACUGAUUUCACUGGGAUUUACUUCCAGGGAGAGGUGGGGGGUGGGUGGGGAAAUUGUCGCAAAGCUGAAGAGUUGGCUUGGAAAGGGGGAGAGGGAGAUCCUAAAUCUAUGCUUUCUUAGGCAGCAACCCUAAGCAGGGGUAUAGGAAGGGGGGCGGUCUGCCCUGGGUUCCAUCACGGAGCGGGGGUGUCAAAAAGGAACAAUAACUGCCCUACCAGGAUGGUUCAUAAAAAACUUUUUUAAAAAUAAAAGCCUGCUCCAAAGGUCUUAUCUUACUACACUAGGUAUUAUAUAGCUAUAUCUGAAAUUUCAUGCUUAUCAGUUAAUAUCUUGACCCUCCUCCACGAAAAUAACUGUUUCCUUGGCCAUUUUCAUAUGUUGUGAAGGCUGAAAUUUCAAUUCAGUGGAGCCAAAACACAAUCCAUCCUGUAGAUUUAAGUAUCUGUCCACAGUCGCCUCCUUGUUAUCAGAGGCCCAUAAUCCACAUUCCUUUGUAAGAAAAUAUGAAAUAACAUAAAACUAUUUUUGCAGGCCAAUUUUCUUUUAACAAAUCAAUGUGUGGGAGGGUGGUGACAAGAAUUUUUUUGCACCAGGUACCACCUGACCUUCCUAUGCCUCUGACCCUAAGUAUGCUUUCUGCAUGGCCUCUGUUGCUGUCCGGGUGUGACUGUCAAAGUUUGAGGCCUUGUGCUCUUAAUGUGGUGUAGGGCCAUUUGGUGAUGGCUUCUUGGUGAGAGGGGAAGAGAAGAAGGGGGGAAAGAGACAAUUGCAUCUAAUAUUUAUAGGCAGGGCCUGGUUCAGUUACAUUCACUCCAAUUGGCCCGGUCAACAAAUGAAGGUUCUGAUCAGUGAAGAAAUGGCAGUUAACUGUCAGCUGUGAGAAGGAACAUGUGGCAAAGAGCAGAGAAAGCUGAGGUGAAAGUAAACAGAUAAGGCUAUUUAUCCUCAGUGUGUUGAUAAUAUUUUGAGGUGAGCAUCAGAACAAAUGAGCUGGUGGAAAUUUCAGGUUAGGAAGCAGAUUUCUUAAAUCAAUUCAACUGUCCAACCAGCCAGAAAUACAACUGGAGGGUUAAGUGGCAAUUUGUAUCUAGCAGUUGUUUAAUCAAUCUGUGAGUGAAUUGGGCAGGAGUGGAGGUUUAGGGAAUCUGGUCAGAGGAUGGUGUCAGCAACAGCAUCACUUGAAUCUCGUUCAGGUACAUGUAGGACCCCUAAGUAAAUAUAUGUACAGUGGUAUCUCAGGUUAAGUACUUAAUUCGUUCGGGAGGUCCGUCCUUAACCUGAAACUGUUCUUAACCUGAAGCACCACUUUAGCUAAUGGGGCCUCCUGCUGCUGCUGCGUCGCCGGAGCACGAUUUCUGUUCUCAUCCUGACGCAAAGUUCUUAACCUGAGGUACUAUUUCUGGGUUAGCGGAGUCUGUAACCUGAAGCGUAUGUGACCUAAAGCGUACAUAACCCGAGGUACCACUGUAUUUCCUUAUUAGAGAGGGGGGGGAUUCAAAUCAGUUCACAUUUAAAUGUGAACCUACCAGAUUUCUCAUGCUCUUAAAAGAUGUUGAAAUCAAAAGAGAGCCAUCAUUUGAAAUUCACCCUUCUCCAAAUUUUAGUGUACUUCUCCAGCCAAACAAUGUAUACAAAAAUGCGUAUCCUGGGGUAAAAUGACCCAAAAUGCAUGUAUUAGUGAAAGUGUUAUACAAGUGGAAUACAAUGCAUUCUUUUAACAGAACUUGUUUUGCAGAUAUUUGUAUAUUAGGGCACAAUUUGCACUGACAUGCCGAAGAAUCAUCAUGUGGCCCUUAAAAAAUGUAUAGCACACAUUUGAUACAAUUGCAUACAAUGAUACAGCAUAAAAUUUUCUGUGCAGUGUGUUGCCAAAGAACUACCAGCAUAUCCUGGCCUUGGUGUUUGCUGUCAAGGAGAUCAAUGAGAACCCCAAGAUCUUACCAAAUAUUACAUUGGGAUUCCACAUCUAUGACAGUUACUUCAAUGAAAGGAUGACCUACGCGGCUACUCUGAACCUCCCAUCCACACUUGUACCCAACUACAAGUGUGACACUCAGAAACUUCAGAUGGCAGUUAUUGGAGGACUUGACUUUGAAACCUCCCUCCUAAUGGCAAACAUCUUGAGCAUCUACAAGAUCCCCCAGGUAAGAUCUCCCACUGGAGACUUUUCACUCAUUCACCAUGAUCUUUUCUAUCCAGAAAGGUUUUGUAUAGUAAGAAAUAGUUGUGACUGACAAAGGAGAGUGAUCCUGCCCUCCACAAAAAGUGUUUCCAGUGUGCCUCACACAAUUAAAUAAUAUGUUUAGCAUAAAGCUGUCAGAUAGCAUUCCCCCCCCAUAUAUAAUUUUUAAUAAGUUUUAUAAUUUUAUAUUCAACACAAUAAUCAAUGCUACAAAAAGGAACAUAUGGAUUCCCAUCUCCCCCACCCUUCUCCCAUGACUUCCCUCAAUUUCUUCUUCUGGUUCUUUAAAUAUUUCCUUAUCCUGCCUGUCUUCUUCUACCUUGAUUUUGUAAUCUUUUAAUUAAAUAUUGUUAUAUUCUUAUCGUUUUGUACCAUGUUUUUUCCAGUUACCAUAUUUUUCACCCUAUAGGAUGCACUUUUCCCUCUCCAAAAACGAAGGGGAAAUGUGUGUGUGUCCUAUGGGGCGAAUGCAGGCUUUCGCACCGACCCCUCUCGCUCUCCAGGCUUCAGGAGAGCCCCACCGCCAGCCCCACAAGCUCGGGGGACAGCAGGGAGGCGGAAUGCCACCAUUCCGCUGUCCCCCGACCUGGUUUGGAGGCUGGCGGUGGGGAGAAGCCCGCUUCUCCCUGCCGCCAGCCCCGCAAGCUCGGGGGACAGCAGGGAGGCGCAGCGCGCCCAGGCUUAGCUUCGUGCAGCUCUCCGCAAGCUGUGGGAGCCCGGCACUGGGCUCCCACGCUUGCGGAGAGCUGCAUGUUCUGGGGGUUGGGGUCGGGGGAAGCUCGGGCUUCCCCCGCCCCAGCCCCGUGCCUGGGGGAAAAAUAAUUUUCCCCCUUUAUUUCCCCCCCCCCCCAAAAAAAAUUAGGUGCGUCCUAUGGGCCGGUGCGUCCUAUAGGGCGAAAAAUAUGGUACAUCUUACACUUUGCUAUUUUCCCAUUAUUACGUCUUCAUUUUUAUGCUUGUUUUCCUAGUUGUAAGUGUUUACUCAAACCCUGCUAGUGAGUCCACUUCUUUACAAUGUUUCUGUAAAUACAACAUAAAUGGUUCCCAGUCCUUUUUAAAGUGUCUAUUCUCCUUGUCUCUUAGUUUCCCAGUUAGCUUCACCAUUUCAGCAUAUUCCAUCAGUUUUUGUUGCCAUUCUUCUUCCGUUGGUAUCUUGUCAUCUUUCCAUCUUUGGGCUAGUAGCAUCCUAGCCACUGCUGUAGCAUACAUAAAUAAUUUCUUCCACUCUUUUGGCAAGUCUUGGCCUGUAAUGCCUAACAAAAACGCUUCUGGUCUUUUAACAAAGGUUGUCUUAAACAUUUUUUUCUUUUCAUUAUAAAUCAUUUCCCAAUAACUUUUGAUUAUUUUACAGUUCCACCACAUGUGAUAAAACGUGCCUUCACCUGUCAUAUAGUAUUGACCCUUCAGCAACAUUUAAACAUGUUUGCUGUAGGUAGGCAUUCCGCAUCCCCUUUCUUAAGCCUUUUCUCUCUGCUGGGUGUCUGAGCAGUGUAUGCUACAUGCCUCCCCUGACUCCUCUAGUUAGUCUGGUGUCUCAAGCGCAGUGGAUGAUGUGAUCCUAUUUGUUGCAUUGAAGUAAGAUUCAGUGGCAGCAGAAUGUCUGGUGGAACCUUUCUGCAACCCACUGCGAAUUGGGGUGCAUACCUGAAAAUAUUAGAAGGAAACCCAGAUUGCAAUCCAGAAUCUUGUGGUGAGCUUCUACUCCUGUUUAUUCUGGCAAGUCAUCAGACUACUGGAAGGAGCACCUGCAGUGAAUGUAGAAGGUCAGUCCGUGGCAUCUUUGAUUAGGUCUCCUACCACUCCACAUAAUCAGUGGCGAGCUAGAUGGAUCAAUGGUCUGACACAGCAGUAGGCAACUUCCUGUGUUCAUCUGAGGCAUUUAGCUGUGGGAUGCUUUAAUUCACAGCAGUAGGAGUAGCAGGAGGGGGUAGCAGUCAUAGUAGGGUGGGUGGGGGGGAGAGACAGCACUAUGCAUUAAGUGCUUGAGCUAGAAUUCAUCUCAGGAUGCUUCCAGGCUGUUACUGUGUUUGAAUAAGAUUCAGUCACAUACCAGCAAAUUCAGGUUAUGCAGUUAAAGGUGAUCUGGAGGUUUUGUGAGCAAACCCCCCCCCCCAAGUGAUGCCAACUUGAAAAAAUAUGGGGGGGCAGGCAAGACCCCUCCUGCAAAAUGACACAGUGCGCACACACCAUUUGAAUGGUAAUGCCCAUCACCUGUGGGAGGGGAGGGCAGCCCCCUCAAAUGUUUUAUUGGGGAGUCCAAGGGACCUCAGGCCCAAGGCGUUGGCCCCUAUAGUGUGGCAUAACAUUUGCUUGAUGCCGCGUUGUUCAACCACCUCCUGCAUUUCUGUGGGUUCAACUAGAUGACCCUUGUGUUCCCUUCCAACUCUACAAUUCUAGGAUUCUUUGAAACUGCCCCACACAUUGUGGCCCUUGAGUGGGACUCUGUGGGUUAGGGGUUUGACAAAGGUAGGGAAGGGAAAUUAAGACACCAUGAAAUGAGAAGGUGAAAUGCUGUGGUGAAGCUAGGGUGCAGGAAAGUAGCAGUGCAGGAAAACAAGGAGAACAAACUGGAAAGGGAAAGGGAGUAGGUGGGAGAGGAAAGCAGGACUGCACGGAAACAAAGAGAGGGAACUGGAGAAGGAAAAAUGGGGUGGGGAGAGGAGAGGGAAAGAGGGUAUGCAAGGAGGCAGAGGCUGACAAGCACUCCAUGCAGAAAAGAUCUGCCACCCUCCCAGUUUUCCAGUGCCUUCUUUCCUGGGGCAACUGUCUCAACUCACCUUAUAAUUAGUCAGGAAACGCAUGCCCAAUCAAUUUAUGGAUUAUGCCCCUUUAUUUCCUUUUAGCUCACUUAUGGCUCUUUUGCCCCAGAGGAUGCUGGUCAAAGCCAAUCUACCUCCUUCUACAAGAUGGUGCCCAAUGAAGCCCAUCAAUACACUGGGAUCGUUGAGUUACUGCUGCACUUUGGUUGGACGUGGGUUGGGCUGCUCGCUGUGGAUAAUGACAGUGGAGAGAGAUUUAUUGAGACCCUGAAACCUCUGCUCUCCCAGAAAGGCAUUUGCUUGGCCUUCUCAAAGAAAACCCCAAAAAUCACAUAUUUGGCAGAGUAUUAUGAUCUGCAGUCCUACUCAAUCCAAAUUUAUCAAGCUAUGAUGGAAAGUAAAGCCAAAGUUGUUGUUUUCUAUGGAGAAACAAUCUCUAUGACUGACUUGAAAGAAAUGGUAACACUCGGUGAAUUGGAAAAUGUGACCAAGACAUCUGUGGGCAAGGUGUGGAUACUGACAGCACAGGUGGAUUUCACAGCACUGACCUAUCAAAUGAACUGGGAUAUGCAAGUCUUCCAUGGUUCCCUCUCCUUUGCGGUUCAUUCAAAUAUGGUGCAAGGAUUCAAAGCCUUUCUUGAGGUCCAAAAUCCUUUUGAGGCAAAUGGAAAUGGCUUUGUCAAGCAGUUUUGGGAACAAGCAUUUCUCUGUUUAUUUCCAAACUCCAAUACAGAGGAGCAGGCCAGUGGAACCUGCACUGGAGAGGAGAAACUGGAAGAUCUCCCUUCAUCUGGCUUUGAGAUGAGCAUAACGGGCCACAGCUAUAGUGUCUCUAAUGCUGUUUAUGCCACAGCACAUGCUCUACAUGCCAUGUUCUUGUCCAGGACCAAAUACAGGGCAGCGGUGGAAAGAAGGAUGCAGGAGCUUCAGAAAUUCCAGCCUUGGCAGGUAAUUCCUUUCAUGAGAUAUAUUUUAUUUGACAUGGGCAAUGAUGUGUAAAUCAGCAUUCUGAAAAUGUUUGAGCACUUUGUGUAGGAUCAGAUUCUCCCCUUGUUUGCAGAGAAGUUACUCAUGAAGGAGUAGCACAGUGUAGGAUCAGAGCGUCCCGCUUACAGUUGUUAAGCAGGGGGAUCCAAUCAUGCAGGGUGCUGUGUUUUCGUGAGCAGCUGUCUUUGCAGAGAAAUUGUUAGUGCAGGGUGAUCCGAUCUUGCACUGUUCUGCUCCGUCACAAGCAGCCUCUCUGCAUACAAGUUAAUCAGAAGAUCCGAUCCUACACUGAAAGGCAGGCCCACGCAGAGAGUGGAGCAGCUGGGUACACUUGCCCUGUUCAUCAAAAAGCUAAGCUGGUCGCGGGGCCCUGCCAGGGCUUGCUGAACUUACACUAUCAUGCCAAGAACACCGUGUGCAUCCCAGCUGCCCCAUGCCUCAGACAAGCUCUACAUGGGCCUCCUGAUCAGAAAAGGGGAGAGUUGGCAAGGCAUGUUCUGCAACUGAGGAAAAAUCUAGGGAAGAGCAAGCACAGCACCCACAGAGGUUGUCCCUGACCAGCAAAAAACAAGUAAUGAAGAGGACUUAGUGAAUUUCUUUAAAGCUGUUUUUUGUAUCUUAGCUGAGAUCAUUAGGGAAUGUCGUUCUUGUUGGAAAUCCCAGGAAGCCAAGACCCAAGUUUUGGGUAAGGAAACCAUAGAGAUUUAACAUGAGAAAACAUGCACCGAUCAAAGCACAGAAAUAUAGGCUGUGAAACUUUCAGAUGUGCUCUUUCCAGUGAAUCCCACUGAAGGUUAUAAUAUAGUUUACUUACAAAAUUCUUCAAAGGUAACAUUCAUGUGCUUUUCCAUAUAGCAGUCAGAAAAAAUCUGCACAGGCAGUAAAACAUAACUUGAUUACAAAAUGGUAAUAGUUCCUAAACAAUUGGUAUAGAAAACACUAGUUUCAUAUUCCAUUCUUGUCUCAAACAAGAGAGGCAGAUUAAAUCCAUGUGACUGGAGGGAGCAGAGAAGUCACACUUAGGCUGAGUAGAAAACAGGAUUUGUUGCCCAUUUCUUCCCAAAGUGAGGGAGCCUGGCAGGACAGCUUACUCCAUGGUAUUAACCCCUUCAUGCUGAGUAUAUGAGGCUGGUUGCCCUCUUGCAACAGCGGCAGAUAUCCAAGCAGUGUGUCCUAAAAGUCAUGGAUUUUUUUCCUCAUUUCUUUUUGUUCCAGAAAGCAUUCAGAUUUUCUCCAUAGGAAACAAUAGAAAUUGUCAGCGCACUAGGCAAAUUCUCCGCUUACUAACCAUUUAUCAGGGAUAGCUUACUUUUGCAUAGCAGUAUCUAUGUGUACUGACAAUCUGGAGACAUCCUGAGUGCCAGUAAGGAAAGACAUUUACAUUACUUCAUAGUUACUACUUUUUCUUCCAAUGCAGCUCCAUCCCUUUCUUAGGACUUUCUCCUUUAACAACUCUGCUGGGGAAACUGUAUCUUUUGGUGAGAACAGGGAAUUAGAAGCUGGCUUUGAUAUUACCAACAUGGUCACUUUUCCAAAUAACUCCUUCGUGAAGGUCAAGGUUGCAAGGGUGGAUGUGGAAUCUGCCCCAGGCCAGCAAAUUUCCAUUGAUGACAACAGAAUGGUGUGGCACAGAAGCUUUCACCAGGUGGGGCAUAACUCCUACAUCCAUGAGAUACAGGAAAACAGAGCGUUGUUGCAUUUAGAGAUCAUCAGUUCAGCUCAUCCCUGGCUUUCAGCCUGAUUCAAAACAUUUCCCUUUGCAAUACCUAAGAAAGUAAGAUGAACUUGUGGGGUCAGGCCAAUGGCCCAUCUUGUCCAGCAUAACACCAGUGGCCAGCCUUGGCCAGCAUCUGGAUAUGGCAUAAACAUGGCUGUUGGGCUGGGGCUUUCUCUGUCCCAGGGUUUUUACAUGAGCCUUUUGUCAAGAAUAAGGUGUUUGUUACUCAGGUGGGAAGGAAGCAGGGGCCAUGGAGGUUUGUGGGUAGCUUCCCUGUGUCACCAACCACAGAAUGAGGAAAGGGGCUUCUUAGAUUGUGGAAAACUCAAAACAAUAAAUAAGGGCAAAGGAAUAAAUAAAAUCAGCUGUCCCCCAAGAAGACUCGCUUGGCACCUUCUCUACAUAUCUUUAGGUACCAUGUAAAAACAUUCCUAUUCUCUCAGGUGGUUAUUGUAUUGAACUAUGUAUGGCCAACCAGAUGCCUGCUGGUAACCCACAAGCUGAACAUGAAUGAGCACAAGACCACUCUUACACUUGUAGAUCAUCCUUGGCACUGCACCUCAGUCCUCUCCAAGAACCAUGAGUUUUUACAUGUCCUAUGACUGGAGAAUUGGGGGUGGAGCAUGUGUUACGUUAUGUAUGGAGACAAUGGGGGCAGGGCUGGUGAGGAUGAGCCCCCAAUCCACUUCCCACCUUGAGCCCUCAUGCAUUCUUUCUGAAUGUCAAAAGGGGGCUCAAAGAGAGUCAGUUUCAGCAUUAUUUUUUAAAACCCUGAAUAGCAGAAUAAGUAUUCCUUAUUCUAGCUGGAAGGAAAGGGAAGCCAAAAGUGCUACUAAUUUCUCUGUGCUAAACUGUUUAUGUGUUUCUUUAAAUGGGCAGUUUCCACCCCUUUCUGUGUGUAACCCAAAUUGCCCUCCUGGUACCAGCAAGAAAAAGAAGGAGGGGGAGCCAUUCUGCUGCUAUGAUUGUGCUCCAUGUCCUCAAGGCAAGAUUUCAUCUCAGAAGGGUAAGAGACACAAGAUAAAUACUGUAUUUUUCACCCUAUAGGGUGCAGUGGCCCAUAGGGCACACCUAGUUUUUUUUGGGGGGGGAAUAAAAAAAAAUAUUUCCCUCCCCGAGCUUCCCCGAACCCAGCCCCCAGAACAGGCUGCUAUCCGCAAGCCUUCGGAGCCCGGCGGGAACUGACCCCUCUCGCUCUCCAGGCUUCAGCGAAAGCCUGCAUUCGCCCCAUAGGACACACACACAUUUCCCCUUACUCAUAUGUGAGUCCUAUAGGGCGAAAAAUACGGUACUUUUCAAACAUAAGUUAUAUUAGAAGUUGUGGAGAACGUUAAGUUAAUUAGGUGCAUUAUGUAUUAACCAUAAGAGUACCAUACUAUCAGCUUAGUAGUCACUCUCCAACACGUCUGAAAUAAGAAUGUAUUACUUUCUUUCCAGACAUGGAUGACUGUGUUGCAUGCCCCGAAGAUCACUAUCCACACAGAGACCAAUCGCAAUGCAUUCCAAAGACCAUCAGCUUCCUGUCUUUUAAAGAGCCUCUGGGGAUGAGCUUAGCAUUGAUUGCUCUUUCUCUCUCUCUCCUCACACUGGUGGUCCUAGCCAUCUUCAUUAAACAUCAGGACACACCCAUUGUCAGAGCAAACAAUCGGGACCUCACCUACACUCUCCUCACUUUCCUCCUGCUCUGCUUCCUCUGCCCAUUGAUCUUCCUCAGCCCUCCAGAAAGAGUGAGCUGCCUGCUCCGACAAAUGGCUUUUGGCCUUGUUUUCACAGUGACUGUUUCUUGUGUGCUGGCCAAGACUAUCACGGUGGUUCUGGCCUUUGUGGCCACCAAACCAGGAUCCAGAAUGAGGAAGUGGGUGGGGAAAAGACUGGCAAGCUCCAUUGUGAUUUCUUGUUCCCUUAUUCAAGUUGGCAUUUGCACUGUGUGGUUAGGAACCUCUCCCCCAUUCCCUGAUUCUGACAUGCAGUCUGUGAUGAGGGAAAUCAUUCUAGGCUGCAAUGAAGGGUCAGUUGCCCUGUUUUACUGUGUCCUGGGCUACAUGGGCUUUUUGGCCAUUCUCAGCUUUGUUGUGGCUUUUUUUGCCAGGAAACUGCCUGACAGCUUUAAUGAAGCCAAAUUCAUCACCUUCAGCAUGUUGUUGUUUUGUAGUGUUUGGAUCUCCUUUGUUCCGGUCUACCUGAGCACCAAGGGGAAAUACAUGGUGGCUGUGGAGAUCUUCUCCAUCUUGGCCUCCAGUGCUGGUUUAUUGGGUUCCAUCUUUUCCCCCAAAUGCUACAUCAUUGUGCUGAGACCUGAUCUGAAUAGCAGGGAACAGUUAAUAAAGAGGAAAUAGCUAAUUAGCAUAUCCUCUCUGUUUUUUGUUCUAUCAUAAUAUGGGCACCUACAUCAUAUAAUUACAUUGCAUUUUAUGACAGGUAUCCUUUGGAAAUCUAUAUUUUAAAAUUUGUCUAUGUGUCCUUUGUUACAUCUGAACCAAGAAACUCUUUUGGAUAUAGUUUUUGUUUUGGACUUUGAGUGGGACAUAUAGCUUGAGUCACUGGAUUCUCCUUUCAUCGCAUUGUAUAAUGAGAAGAACAUCAAUAUAUUUAUAUAUAAUGAUGGAAGAAAAACGCCCAAAAUAAUAAAUUGUCUUCAAAAAUCGUCAACAGAAGAAAAUGCCUGCUCCCUUUGAGAAGGGGUAGAAGGAGCGGUUAUCCUCCAUGAACUUAGAAUAACAAAAUGAACACUAGACGAUAAGAAUUUCUAGUUUGUUUGUAUAGAAACAGAAGGAUUGCUUGAUCAAGCUAUAAGGCCCAAGUUUAGAAGCUUGGAGCAUGCAGCUCAGACAUACUUUCUUGUUGGGGGGGAAAUAACGAGGUUUUUUAACCCUUCCUUUCCUGGAACAGGCAAUCUUGCCCUGUUUCUGAGGCAUUUAUCUGUAGAAUGCUUUCAUUCCCAGCAGUAGCUGGAGGAGGCAGCAGCUGUAGUGGAAGGGGGAAAGAAAGCAUCAUGCCUCAAGUGCUUGUUCUAGAAUCAAGGUGACCUCUGUGAAUCUCAGGAUUCUUCUGGACUGUCAGUAUUUUUGAGCUGAAUACGAUCACAUAUCAGCAAAUUCAGGUUCUGCAGUUAAAGGUGACUUGGAAAGUGUGGGAUAAUGUUUGCAACACCCUCCAACCACCUGACAAAUGAAUCAGAAUGAAUACUAAAUGAACAGCUGGCAUUGUCUAACCACCCCACAAACUUUGUAGAAACCAAUUCGAGUGAAUAUUCAAAUAGACUAUCUGGAGAUGCCCUCAAAGCAAUAUUCGGCUGCUGACUUCUCAUUCUUUUGUACUGUUAACAAAAAUACCUAGUAAACAGAGAAUUGUGUACAUUUUAUGCAGUGAAAUUGUUCGCUAUUUGUAACAGUUAAUGCACCAUGGGCAUAAUCUAGGAAGAGUUAGUCUUGGCUAAAGCUCAUUUAAAAUUAUGGAGUAUGACCUGGGCUACAAUUCUGAGACUGCUUUCUUGGCAGUAAGUUGCACUGAAAGAACUUUUGAAUAAAUAAGUUUUCAGCUGAGCUGCUGCUUUUAUUAAUAGCCAGUCUUAUUGAUUUCUGGUAUGUGUGUUUACCUAAAAUUCAGUGGAUAACAACAUUGGUCUUUUUGCCAGGCUUGUUUUUAUAAGAUGGGACGGGAUGCAUCUGAAUGAACAGUUUGGAAAAAGAGCAUUUUGAACAUGAGUGAAAUUCAGCUCCAUUUUAUUAGGAAAUACAAUACCACCACACUUUAUUUGAAAAAAUGUCAAACAAUAAGAUUGGUAAAUAAAAAUUAGAAUUAUAUUCCAUGACCUGCUUUGGAUACUGAAUACACCUGGGCAAUUGUAAAGUUUCAUCUUGAUACCUCAAGGAUGUUAAUUUAUCAUUUUCUGGCUGUUUGCUAUUUAAUUUUCAUUUAUUACAUUUAUAUAUCGCCUCCCCAAUGAAUUCUCUGUAUGAUUUACAUAGAUACAGUCCUCCAGGCAGUCUACAUAUCUCCAACACUGAGGUUCUAUCAGAAACAUGAAUAGUGCAAUUUGCAACACGAUCCUUCAUUUUGGCAGGAAAAACCAGAAAAUUAUUUUGGGGUGGGUGGGUGGAAAUACCUGGAUAUUCUCAUACGAACCAUAGGAUGAACACUGCAGUUUAAUUAUGUGCCAAUAUGGUGUAAUGGACAGACUAUUGGAUUUGGAGCAGGGAAUUCUGUGUUAAAAUCACUGCUUUUUUUAAAAAAAAAAGAAUGCAGAGGGAAAACAAAGAAGGCCACAACCAAUAUAAUGAAAUAGGUGGCAUAUAUUGCUUGGAUAUUUUGAGCUUUCAGCCAUCAUUUGGCAAGAGAGCUGUGUCUCCAAGUGAAGCUCACAGCUGUUUGUUCUAUUUCCAGAACCUUUGCUCAGCCAUGAAGCUUAAAGGAUGGUUUUAGACAGGUCACAGAGCACAAAUGAGCGAAACCUUUCUGCUAUGGUGGUUCAAGCUUUGCUUCCCCUUGCCUUCACUCCUCACAGGGCACACACAACCGUUCCCAAAUUUAAAUCUUUCUUUGGUGCUUUAAUUUUUUUCAAAGUUCAACAUUUUUGUACUUUUUUUUUUUUUUUUACUGUCGAAAAAUUGUUCCAAAAGGUGUGGGUGGUGGCAAGAGCUGCUUUUGUGACAGACACAAUCUGCACUGUGCAAUCCAGUUUCUGCUGAAAACCAGAAUAUCUAUCUGGUGGCAGGUAUGGCAGAGGUGCUCAAAUUGUAGUAUGCAUAUUUCCAUAUUGGAGUUUACUUUUAAAUUAUGGUCUGUACACACCUUCAUUCUCGCUGAAGCUUGGCUCACAGAAUUCUCAGGAGAGGGAGGAUAAAAUGGGAUAGAUCCAGGAAUGUCACUAUGAGCUCAUUGUAGGGAAUGAAGAAAUGCAGAUCUGAUCAGAGCAGGAAAAGGAUCGCUCGAUCACUUGGCAUUUUUCAUAUGAACGAGUCUGCCACUGCUCAUAUGAAAGAGCUACUGUGGGACAAUUUUCUUUAUUGUUGCAUUAUUUGUGACAUUGUUUAAUAAUCACAUAGAGGUAGAACAGGCAAAUUAAAGUGGGAUGGAUGGGACAGAUCACAACAGCAUGUAAGCAAAGGGAAGGGAAGCUAGAUCAACAGGAAGAAAACAGAAGAGUAAAAACAAGACGUGAAAUAGUGAGAUUGUAAAGCCAAUUCACACAUUCCUGGCAUGGCUGCUUGAAGUGUGUUGUGCUCAGUAUCUCCCUGCUUGUGGGGAGUAAAUAGUCCACAAACUAAACCCAGCAACCACAUUUACAUUGCUGGGCUAAGGCACUGAAAGCAAAACCCCAUAGUCUGUGCAGUCUGUGCAGUAAUUUCAAGCAGGUUUCCAGUAGCUGACACACACCUGUGUCAAUUGGCCCAGAGAAUGGGAGAGUGUGUGACAGAGAGAGAGAGAGAGAGAGAGAGAGAGAGAGAGAGAGAGAGAGAGAGAGAGAAAGAAAGAAAGAAAGAAAGAAAGAAAGAAAGAGUGUGUGAGGUUGUGCACAUGCCAGGACUGAGAAACUGAAGAAACAGACAAUAGGCAAUCCUGACACAGGGGAUAAAAAGAACAGAAAAAUAUGGACUCCACAAAGAGACAACUGAGCAACUGAAAAGAACGGCCAGGAAGGAAGAGUCAGCAAGAAAUAAAAGAACAGAGAUAAGCAUGUGCAGUUGAAGUGAGAGUUGACAAGCAUGCAUAAAGGGAGAAGAAAGGAGUGCACGAGAGAAAGGAAGUCAGCAGCAAAGUAAAAAGUGUGGGAGAGCAAGAAAUGGAGUGACCCAAAGUUUCUCAUUUCAAUGAACUGGUCCUUACUCCAGAAUAUAAGAUAACCACAAAAGUACUCACAAAAAACAAAACAGUUUUACAGAACCUUGAAAGAUUAACAGAUUUGGCAACAGCUAGACCUUCAUCAGAUGCAUGAAGGCACAAGUUUGUCCUUGCUCACGGAUAGCCUCCCAAUCUAACGUGGCUAUUCAGCAACAGGAUAUUUGCCAAACGCAUAAAUCUAGGGCCCUGCCACAAACUCAGUUGCUGCCUUUGCUCCCAAAUCCACCCAGGCAACAUUAUAAAGCUGCCAAUCCAUGGGAUGCUAUUAGAUUCCCUUUUUGUUGGUCCUGUUAAACAGACCAACAUGGAUACAUACUCACAGAAAUAGGCACGUUUUCGUCAUGUUCCUACACUGUACUGCACCUUUGCUAAUGGCUUGAGGAAGCAUCACAAGUCAAGCUGGAUGGAAAGCAGGGAUGGAAACAAACUGAAUUUGUGGGUGUACAGUCCUACAGUAGAGGGAGGGAGGAAGAGAAGCUCAGCAGAAAACAAGGGUAAUAGGCAGCAGGCAGAAAUGAAAGCAGCUAAAGAGGAGGCAGUCAAGCAAAAAGCAAGCAAAUAAAACAGCAGUUAAAAAAAAGGAAAAAAGGUAAGCAAGGAGAAAUGGCAUAGGAUAGAAAACAGGAUGGGAUGCAGGAAUUAGAGGCAGGGUGAUGGGGGAACAGAUGAGCAAAGGAAACUAUGUGCUGGUCUCCAACUGGUGGGUUAGGAUUCACAGCUGGGUACCACCUCAGUCUAACGAUGGGUUCUACCAGUGGCACACUCACAAUUUUUGCUUUGCUUAAAAGGGGUUGUUGUCUUUUAAGAGGGGAGUGAGAGGUUGAGAAAAGCAGAAGGAGACAGCAAAAAAUAAAGGGGUGAACAAGAGGAGAGAAGGAAAAAGACGGCAAGAUCGGCAGUAAGAAAUGUGAAAGUGGGCCCCAUGUUGCAGCUCAGAGCCAAGUACCCACUCUGGAAAAUUUGGUUGAAACAGAGGAUGAGCAGAGUCACAAGUAAGAGCACCAACAGCCUAGGCAAGUUAAGCAGAAAACAGCAAGGUACAUGUCAGCCCCUCUCAUAUUUUGGCAUCAGGUGUGAAUGCUGUUAAUGUGGGAGAAGAAUUCAGAAGAAAUAAAAGAGACAUAUCGGUCAGUGCUAGUUUUACAGUGGUGAAUGCAACAGGUUUAAAGCUGAAAGUGAUUUUUAGCAUCAUGUGUGGAAUGCUCACCCCUGGGAGGCUUGCUGGGCACCUUCCUUUAGGCACCAAACAAAACUAUUCCUCUUCUCAUAAUUAGCCUUUGGCUAAUUAAACCAUCUAUGGUCUCUAAAAGUGUGGGGGGGUGUAUUGUUUUCGUUGGUUGCCAUGUAUUUUUGUGUUUUUAUGUUGUUAACCGCCCUGUGAUUCUUGGAUGAAGGGUGGUAUAGAAAUUUAAUAAAUAAAUAAAUAGAUGUGUGAAGACAGCUUGGGUAAAGGAUCAGUUGCUGAGCAAGCAAGAUCUGGAAGCAAAGUGAAGGUGAGGAAAAGGCAGGCAAAGGAGAGAAAGAGGUGUUGCAUAGAGAGGAUUAUUCUGCAGAACAAUAGUAGCAACGUUCCCUUUACUGCUACCCUGGCAUGAGUCCUGAUUGAGCACCAGGCAAUUGAUAACUGCUCAAACCAUGGACAGCCGGCAAUAGCUGGUACAUUGCUGAAGGACCUGGAGAGAGCCUGAACAGGUCAUUUUCUCAACUAAUUUCAUCCCUAGUGAUGCAUUUAAAAAGCAAGUGAUUGAAAGAGAGGCAAGCAACUUGAAAAAGAAAGAGAAAGAGAGAGAGAGGAAGGAAGAGAGGAAGGAAAGAAGGAAGGAAGGAGUAGUGAGUAAGCAAGCAAGAUACUGUGCAAAGAAACAAAGUGAGUAUGAAAAAUUGCAAAUGUAAGUAAUUGCAUAUACAGUGGUACCUUGGUACUUGAACGACUUGGCUCCUGAACAAAUUGGCUCCCAAACGCCGCAAACCCAGAAGUGUUCCGGUUUGUGAACGUUUUUUGGAAGUCGAACAUCCGACGUGGCUUCUGCAGGAAGCUCCUGCAGCCAAUCAGAAGCCACACCUUGGUUUCCGAAUGGUUUUGGGAGUCGAACAGAUUCCCGGAAUGGAUUAAGUUCAAGAACCAAGGUACCACGGUACAAGUAAGAGGUAACUAAUUCAAGAGGGAAAGAGUGAGCGAAACAUGAAAUGUGAUGGGAAAGUGACACAAAGGAACGUGUGAAGCAACAGUAGGCCAUAUAAGCAGCAAAAGGAAGAUCAAGCGGUCAAAAGUAAGAUAAAGAUCAGUGGCAGAGCAGAAGAUUUGGGCAAAAGAAAAAGAUUGUGGGAGAGCAAAGGAGGCAAAGGAUUAGAGGAUAUCAUGGUUGCUUCCAGAUGACCUGUUUCCUGAGCAUUCAUCCUGUUUGGUUUGCAUGGAGGUUAGGUGACUUUGCAUCUGGUACACUUUUCUUACUGUAAUACAGCACAAUAUUUUUGGAGAAGCUGGUUUAUCACACAAGGGC